GACCUUUUUUAAAAGGUACUGUUCACCUCAAAUGCUUUUGAACUUCAGCUGGGCUUUUUCCAGCCUAGAAAUCAAUUCAGCAUGUGAGUUGGCUAGAACUGUGCAAAUAAAGUUUAUACCUUCAGAGCAAAUACUCAUCACCUUCUUAAUUUUAUUGCUAGACAGGGUUACUGAUAGGACCGAGAAGGGUUUUCAGUUGAACAAAAACCAUGCAUUUGUUUUCACUGCCAUAUUGCCAUCAUCACUGCCAUGUGUUUCCAAAAUUGUAAAGCUAGGAGCUUCACUUAAAAAAAUACCAAGGCAAAUAUGUAGGUGAUGCUACGCUGUGACCUUCACUACAUGGGUCAGGUCUGCGUCGGGGGUGUAGAAGGGAAGAACAGCUGGGAAACAAAUCUGAGAUAGAUAGAGAUCUUCAUCUCCUGAUCUAUUCAGGGAGGGCCCAUGGGACUGUAAGGUGAAGGUAGAGAAAACGAGGGGUGAACUGGGGAGGAACGAGGGUGGGAAAAUAGGCAACAGGUGGAAGCAGCUUGCACUGUUCAUGGUCAUCUCCUUACCAAAUCCUUUUCCCUAACUCUCUCACCACGUAAUGCCCCUUUAUCCCACAUGAGGCUGCUGCAAGGUCUACAUGCCAGCAGCUGGAUGCCCAGUAGUGCUGCACUGGGCACAAGGGACGAGGUUCCUGGGGUCCCUCCACCCCAACAGGAGACAUUGAGGAGCAGAAGCAAAAUGAGUGGAGCUGUUGGAGACCUUUCCUUCUCUUGGCAUUUGAGACCAAAGUAGCUCCGCUCUGUCCCCCCCUUGAUCCUAAUUCCAGCAGCACUUUGAACAUCUGCUCCUCCUCUCUUUUUUUUUUCAGCCUGCACUGCAUGUCUGUAACUGAGUGUUAAAUGCAGAAAUUGCUGAGGGGAAUUCUCCAAAGACCCUUUUUCCAAAACAGCGCAGCCCAGGAAAGAGGUUUGGCUUAUACUGCUGCAGAGCUCACACUGAUACCCAUCGACUUUAUGCAGCAGCCUGUUGACUGCAGUGGACUCUAACAGACCUUUCACCUUAAAAAUCUCUGUGUGUCAGCCAAGGAAAGAGAUGUCCUCACUUCAAAUCGGAAAAGCAAAUAAUUGCUGCCAAUCGGGGCAGAUGCUGUCAGCUUUGCAUCUGCGUAUCAGCUGCUGAAUGGGAAUAAAAAGCACUCCCCUCACUCUGGUCAAACCCCCAGCCAGGAGAAGGGCUCUGAUGGCAUUCUGGACAGUUUUCCUCUGUACCUUGGUGGCAUCGCUGCUUGGGGGGCUCUACCUCCUGGGGGCUUUUCGGAGACGAAGACCCAAUGAGCCACCUUUGGACAAAGGCAUCAUUCCCUGGCUGGGUUAUGCACUGCAUUUCAGAAAGGACAGUUCAGGGUUUCUAAGUAAGAUGCAGAGAAAACAUGGAGAUAUUUUCACGGUGCUGAUUGGAGGCUAUUACUUUACCUUUGUGAUGGACCCCUUCUGCUUUGGAGCCAUUGUGAAGGAAUCACGGUCUAAACUAGACUUUGUGACCUUUGCAGCUAAAUUGGUCCUCCAGGUUUUUGGCUACAAGUCCGACAAGAACAACAAUAGUGCUCUGCAUGCUUUUAGCACGAAGCAUCUGAUGGGAGAAGGACUCAAUCUCCUGACACAAGCCACCAUGGAUAACUUCCAGAAGCUGAUGCUUUUCAAGCUGAGUUCAGGAGAGGAGAAGCGACCAUGGCAAGAGGCCGGCCUCUUCCACUACUGCUACAACAUCGUCUUCAGAGCUGGGUACCUGGCUUUGUACGGCACUGAGUCACACCAAGGGACAGGGAACAAGGAGAAAGCUCACAAGCAAGAUCUCAUCCACUCCAACCAGCUGUACACCGAGUUUCGGAAGUACGACCGCCUCUUCCCCCGCUUGGCCUAUGCCAUGUUGCCUCCCAAGGACAAAGUAGAAGCUGAGAGGCUGAAGAGGUUCUUCUGGGAUGCUCUGUCCGUGAGUAAGGGUUCUCAGAAGGAAAACGUCAGCAGGUGGAUAAGUGAACAAGUCCAGUUUUUGGCAGAAAGUGGUGUCCCUGACUACAUGCGUGACCGCUUCAAGUUUAUGAUGCUAUGGGCAUCCCAAGGCAAUACAGGCCCUACUGCCUUCUGGCUCCUCUUGUAUCUCAUGAAGCAUCCAGAAGCUAUGAAGGCUGUGAAGGGAGAGGUAGAGAAAGUCUUGAGGGAGCAUGGCCAAGAAGUGAAGCCAGGAAGCCCAGCAAUUAACAUCACCAGAGACAUGUUAGACCAGACUCCUUUUCUGGACAGUGCUGUGGAGGAGACCCUGAGGCUGGUGGCAGCCCCAAUCCUGAUCAGAGCCGUCCUCCAGGAUGUGAGCCUCAAAAUGAGUGGUGGCACCGAAUACACUCUGCGCAAAGGGGACCGAGUGGCUCUGUUCCCACACCUCUCUGUGCAGAUGAACCCAGAAAUCCACCCUGAACCUCACAAAUUUAAGUAUGACCGCUUUGUCAACCCAGAUGGCACCAAGAAAGAUUUUUACAAGAAUGGCAAACGGCUGAAAUACUUCAACAUGCCUUGGGGGGCCGGUGUAUCCAUCUGUCCUGGGCGGUUCUUUGCUACAGCUGAAAUUAAAUUGUUUGUGUCCUUGAUGCUGACCCACUAUGACCUGGAGCUGGUCAACGACAAAGAGGAGAUCCCAGCCAUAGAUUCGAGCCGCUGGGGAUUUGGAACCAUGCAGCCUGUUCACGACAUUCAGUUCAGAUAUCGACAACGUGUUUGAAAAAGCUGUGCUGUUCUGUUUGUUCAGAUGUUGCUGUGAAAUAAACUGCCCGAGUUGUUGGC